GGUCUUUCUACACUCUUCGCAAGAGUACCUCACACAUGGUUACUGAAUCCCUUCUGUCCUGUGCCAUCGUAGCUGCGGGCACGCGAUGCUGUUGGAUGGUGCAUAUGAUGUGGUCAUCCACGCUGCACUGAUGGCGGCUGGUGUCAGUAGAGAUCUGCUGCCUUUGGCGGCAGGCGACAUUAAUAUAGGUGGGUCGAAUGCUCUGUGGUGUUCAUGAUCUGACCAGACUCCGAUUUGCGCACCUGAAUGUGUUGAAAACUUUGGUCUGCUCCCGAAUGAGACUACAAACCAGAACAGACGAAAAGAAGCUGGGAAAGAAACGGCCUGAAACGUACUCGACGACGACACCUUUCGACUUCUCGGAUUCACGAUGAAGUCGUCCAAUGAAAUCUGUUCGUCGCCAAACAGUAUUCUCAAAGAUGCUCUUGAGCAUGGACGGCGUACUACGAUUGAGCUCCUUCAUGGAAGAAGCAUUAAGAAGAACGCUCCUCAAUCCGCUGAUGUUCCCAGAAAUCUGAGCAAGCGGAUGCCGAAUCUUUUCGAUCGCUUUCCGAUGGUCUUUCCUUGGCAGAGACGAUCGUUACCAGUUGAUCCGACGAAGCACGCCGUCUGGCUAUUGGACAACACCGCUUUCCCUACGCCUCGCCACGCUGGUCACCCAACAAAUCCUGAACGGGUCCACGAUGACGAGCAAGAAUGGCAGACGGAAUUCAUCGCCUGUUACUUUGUCAAGCACAGCGGCCGCGAUCAAUCUCGCAUCGUAGCAGAUAUCGCACACAAACUCAACGUGAAUGCAGGUGACUACGCAUCCCAACAACGGAUCGCUGCCCGUCUCGAGCCAUUUGCAGAUACCAUAUUGAUCAAUCGCACUUCGCGCAUUGCUCUCCCAGGUUUGCAGCAGCAAUCACUCGGCCCUUCGAAUAAGUCCGGGAUCAGUACGAAUAUUCUUGACUUACAUUUGCCUCCUCGCUUCAUGGACAGCCGAAGGACAAGAUCUUUCACUGUACAAAACUCAUGUCAGCCGCUCUAUCUGCCUCCAAGCACAACCACCCUCGCCGAGGAGCACGGCUGGAUGAUCAUCAGCGACGUUGAUGAUACGAUCAAACUCACGCUGUCAAAUUCCGCCUUUGGAAUACUAUAUCAUACUUUCCUGAUUCCGAGUCCGCUCCCUAUCCGUGGCAUGCCUGCCCUCUAUUCGCACCUCCAAAAUAUCCUACACGACCCGGCCUUCUUCUAUCUCAGCGCUUCGCCCUACAAUCUUUACCCUUUCCUACAUCGCUUCCUCUAUCCUCACAUGUAUCGCCGUCGCCUGUCCUCUCCUCGCUCACAACAGCAACAGCACCAUCGCCGUGCUUCUCCCGACCACCUCCGGACCUCCCUUUCCUUUCCCAUGGGGACGCUGCUGCUACGCGACGCCAGCUGGCAGAACCUUGCCGGUCUCCUGACUUCGUUGACGCAAGGCAUACAGAAUUACAAGAUCUCGCGUAUGGCCGAGCUACACUCCCGAUGGCCGCAUAGAAAAGUUAUAUGCAUUGGGGAUAGCUCGCAGACGGAUCCUGAGGCUUAUGCGGAAGUGGUCAAAAGAUGGCCAGGGUGGGUCAAAGGUGUUUUCAUCCGGAAGGUACCGGUUGUGGAUGAGGAUGGAGAUGGAUUGGAGGAUGAGGUUGCUGAAGGCAGGAAUCCGGAGUGGAAGAAUUCAGACGAGAGAUUCGAGAAGGCGUUUGAAGGCGUGGAGAGGAAUAUUUGGAAGGUUUUCGAGGCGCCGGACGAUGUUGGGCGAUGGGUGGAAAAAUUGGUUCAGCAUGAGGCGAGGGUGGAUGCAAAUGGAGGCCGCGAUGGUGACGAUGGAAGGGUAUUCUCUGUCAGGCUGGACAAGCCAUGAGGUACCUACGUAUUGUGAUGUGAUGGAUUCUUGACUGGGAACAAAAUUGUGCCAUUCAAGAGUAUUCUAAUGCCGUCAUGCAUUUUCUCGCUUGUGUAAUAAUUGUUGUUUCCAUUUCUAAAGCAGCCGAUCUCAGUCUCGCCACGACGUUCCUCGCGUUCUGACGAUGGUGCUCCUCUGUGGUCUAAGACCUGAGACUUGCUUCGUCGUGAAGUCGCCGCAAAGCUCAAACUGAGACUCUUAGGUAUGUCACCUCGCAAGUUCCCAUUGAGUCAGCAUCUACUCCUCCGAGGAUGAAGGACAGAAUGAUCCCGA